AGCAAAGCGCCAAAGCACCAAGUCACCAAACGCUCCAUGUCGCUACUGUUCGACUCGCUUCUGCUGCUGUUCAUCUCAGCGUACCUGUUCAUCUCGCCCUUCACCAAGGUGGAGGAGUCGUUCAACACGCAAGCAGUGCACGACAUCAUCUACUAUGGCGUGGUCAACCUGGACAAGUACGACCACUUCCAGUUCCCCGGGGUGGUUCCAAGGACCUUUAUAGGAGCUCUGUUCAUGUCAGGCCUCAUUGCGCCGAUAGUACACUAUCUUCCGCCGUCGCUCUCGAAGCUGGACGGGCAAUUGAUCUCCCGAGGAAUGCUGGGGGUGGUGAAUGCUUUGUUUAUUGUGUACUUGAAGAACUGCGCCUUUGGAGCCAUCAAGCACGUUUCACACUCGCAGAGGGUUGGCACGAGGAUCAGGAAGAAGAUGCUGAAGGGAGCUAAGGCUGGUGCCAGAAAGUCCGGUGCUGGUGCUGCUGAUGCUCCCGAUGCUGAUGCUGAUGCCAGUGCUGACGACGACUACAAGCCUCUAUGGUCGUUUGGCCUGUGGUUCAUGCUCUUCCAGAUUGCACAGUUCCACAUCCCCUACUACUCGUCCCGCUACUUGCCAAACUACCUGGCCUUGCCCCUGACAAACUACGCGUUUGCUCAGUUCUUCAAGGGCAACUCUGCCAGAACGCUCUCCGUGCUGGCAUUUACCGCCGUGGUGUUUCGUGUCGAGCUGCUGGCCCUGGUGGUGGCGCUCUCAGUGGUCCUGGUCUACCACAACAAGAUCUCUCAAAGGGACUUGGUCAUUGCCGUGGCUAAAGGUGCUUCGCUAGGCUGUGUGCUGAGUGGUGCUGUGGACUCCUACUUCUGGCAGAGACCAACCAUUCCAGAGCUCGAGAGCUUCUACUUCAACGUUGUCGAGGGCAAGGCCUCAGAAUGGGGCGUUGAACCUGUACACUCAUACUUCACGAGACACUUGCCGGGGAUCUUCCUGCCACCACAUGUGUUGAUCCUCGCCGUUGUGGGGUACUUUGUUGAUCCAACCAAAAGCCUCUUCAAAAUGGCCUCUUUGGCAUGUAUCUGUUACAUCACUCUCCUAUCAUUGCAACCUCAUAAGGAGCGUAGAUUCGUCGUCUACACGGUGCCAAUCUUCACCCUUGCUGGUGCCAGUGGUGCUGCGUACAUCACUUCGAGAAUGACCAAAUCGUUCCUCUACAAGCUCCUCGUCCUCGGCACUCUGUUCCUGACCUUGGUUUCCAUGGCCAUAUCCGUGUUCUGGGGCGAGGUCUCUGCCUUCAACUACCCAGGAGGUUAUGCCUUGAUUAGAUUCCACGAGCACAUCAUCAUGAAGGCGAUGAGAGGGGAACCAGUGAACAAGGACAUCGUUGUUCACAUCGAUCCCGCAGCUUGUAUGACUGGUGUGACGCAUUUCUGCGAGCUCACGGGCAACGGCUUGGACUUCGAACUCACAUACGAUAGAAAUGAGACACCUACUCUACAAGACUGGGAACACUAUGACUACAUCAUAACCGAUGUUGGUCCGAAGGACAACACAAACCACAAGAUUCCCUACAUGGAGGGCUGGAACUGGUCCCGUAUUGCCUCCUCUACCGGGUUUGUGGGACUGGAUUUAUCUGCAAUCCAUCGUAUCGAUCCAAUCGCAAUGUUACGGUACUCGUGGGCUCAAAGAUCCGUCAGACCAAUAGUUGCAACCAUCAGAAAGUUUAUCCAUGAGAAGGAGAUGUUCCACAUCUACGAGAAGGUUGCAGGAGAGACAAAAGUGGAGCCGUUGAAGCCAAAGAGAACCAGAAAGAAGCUGUCUGAUCAAACAUCAGUUUCUACGGUUUAAUCCCUGAUGGGAUGGAAAUGGCAACGUCUCCUCUAUUAAUUAUUUACAAGCCUAAUAUAUAUAUGUGAGUGUGUUUCGCUCUUCAAAACACACCGUUCAAUAGAGAAACAAUGCGGUUCUUGUGGUCACCUUUGAUGAGAAUCUUCUUGCUCUCCAUCACAACCUUGAACUUGUCCUUGGAUACAUCGUUCAUAAGCUCUUGCAGGUCG